AUGUUCAAGCCUCUUUUUCAACAAGCCUUUCCGAAGGCUAUUAUUAACAACAAGCCUUCAUCAAUUAUGAAUAGUAUCAUCAUUAAUAAUAACAAUACAUCAAGAAGACUUUUUUCUACAACCAAUACAAUAACAUUAAAUAAUACAACAAUUGAUCAUCAACAACAACAUAACAUUCCAAUUAUGAGAAGUUUAUUAUACAUUCCAGGUAAUAGUGAAAAAAUGUUAUCUAAAAUUCAUUCACUCUCUAUUAAACCAGAUGUAUUUGUUCCAGAUUUAGAAGAUUCAGUUCCAUACCAUGAAAAGGAAAAGGCUAGAAAGAUGGUUAGAGAAUUUUUAUUAUCUUUUAAUACUCAAGAUAAUAAUGCUAAUAAUAUGAAAAUAAUACCACGUGUUAAUAGUGAAGAUGAAUUUUUAGAAAUUGAUUGUGAAUCUAUUUGUAUACCAAAUAUAGUACAUGCAAUUAAUAUUGGAAAAACAAGUUCAAUUGCAGAUAUUUUUAAAAUUGAUGAAAUUUUAACUAGAAUUGAAGAUAAUUUAAAAGUACAACAAUAUACUUUUAAAAUUAUACCAUCUAUUGAAUCUGCAAUUGGAUUAGUACAUGCUUACCAAAUAUGUAGUUGUUUACCAAAUAGAAUUAUUGGUGUUGCUUUUGGUGCUGAUGAUUAUGCUCAUGAUUUGGGUUUUACUAGAAAUACUUCUCAAUCUAUUGAAAAGGAAUUAUUUUAUGUUAGAUCUACAAUUGCUGUAGCAGCUAGAGCAGCUAAUAUACCAUCAUUUGAUACACCAAAUGUUAAUUUUAAAAAUAUGGAAGGAUUAAAAGAAGAAUCUAUUGAAGUUAGAAAUAUUGGAAUGAAAGGUAAAUUCGCAAUUCAUCCAAAUCAAAUUCCAAUUUUAAAUGAAAUAUUUGGUCCAUCAGAAAUGGAAAUUAAAGAAGCAAAAUUAAUUGUUGAUGCUUAUGAAAAAGCUGCUCAGGAAAAUAAUCGUGGAAGUUGUCAAGUUGAAGGUAGAAUGGUUGAUAUGCCUGUUUAUAGAAGAUUUAAACAAGUUUUAGAAAUUGCUCAAAAAAUUAAUAGAAAAUAA